AUGAGAGACAUCAAAGUUGACGAACUACUCGGGAAACUGACUUUGGAGGAGAAAAUCUCUCUUCUGGCUGGUGGUAGUGCCUGGGUGACCAAACCCAUUCCUGAGAAAGGCAUUCCGUGCGUCAAGACCACAGAUGGGCCUAAUGGAGCCAGAGGAAGCCGGAUCAAAGAUGGUGAAAGCGCAGCUUGUUUCCCCGCCGCCUGCAGCGUUGCUGCUACGUUUGACAUUGAUAUUGCCCACCGGAUUGGUGUUGCCUUAGGUGAGGAGGCUCGUACCAAAGGAGCACGCAGCUUACUGGCACCAACCGUCUGCAUCCAUCGACACCCUUUAGGUGGUCGCAACUUUGAGAGCUUUUCUGAGGAUCCCUUCCUCAGUGGUCAGAUGGGCAUUGCAAAUGUAAUUGGAUUGCAGUCCACCGGAGUUUCUGCCACAGUCAAGCAUUUUGCUGCGAAUGAGCAGGAAACGCAACGGUUGAACGUCAACGCUGUUGUCGCCGAGCGCCCAUUACGAGAGAUAUACCUCAAGCCUUUCGAAAUGAUAGUUAAAAAUGCUAAUCCAUGGGCUAUAAUGACAUCGUACAACAAAAUCAACGGCCACCACGCCGAUUCCAAUCUGUUUCUACUUCAGCAAGUCCUUCGGGGCGAAUGGAAAUGGGACGGCUUGAUCAUGAGUGACUGGGGUGGCAUCAAUUCAACAGCUGCGUCUCUCAAUGCAGGUGUUGAUCUCGAGAUGCCUGGCCCUGCGCGUUGGAGAAAGAAGCCCGCCGUUCUCGCCGCCAUGCAAGAUGGCGAGCUCACAGAAGCAACUAUCAAUGAGAGGGCACGCCACAUUCUCCUCUUCUUGAAGCAACUAAGAUGCUUUGAUGAACCAACCUAUAGUGAUCCAGGUGAAGAGGCAAUCAACAAGCCGGAGCACGCGGCCCUUAUUCGUGAAGCUGGGUCUAAAGGUAUUGUUCUCCUCAAAAACCAGGAUGAAUGCCUACCCCUGACGAAAGGAAAAUUGAGAGGCAAAAAGGUUGCCGCUUUUGGGUAUGCCAAACAGUGCCUGGCACAUGGUGGUGGAAGCGCCUCGGUCAAACCUCACUAUAGGAUUAGUCCUUGGGAUGCAUUGCAGGAGGCGCUAAGAGGGUGGGAUGUUGAACUCUCCUACGCCCGAGGUGCACAUACCUUUCGCCAGCUUCCACUCCUAGUCGACAAUGUUUAUGACCUCACAGGAAACCCAGGGUUUACCUACAAUGUCUGUGAGAUCGGUAACCCGACACCCAAAGAAACCAUCCAUGGGUAUGACAAAUCGGAGAUGUCGCUUCUGGAUGGGCACACUCUAGAAAACGUGGAAGUCAAUCUCAUGGCUAUCUUCCGGCCUCGGGAGACAGCUGCAUACUACUUCACGUUAUCUAGUUUGGGUGUGGCCCAGUUAUCAAUUGACGACAAAAUAGUCCUACAGCAGAACGAAAACUGCAAUGAUGCCAUGGGAUUUCUAUUUGGGGGCGUACCUGUUCCUCUGGUGAAGGUCCACAUGGAAAAGGGGAAACAGUACAGUAUCCACAUUCACGCCUCUCCCCUCACAUCUACGAAAGUCCAAGAUCUUGGUUUCCUUGAGGGCCAAGUUGGUGUCCGCUUAGGUCACAUGUCUUCCGUGGAGUAUGAGGCAGAUGUGCUAUCUGAAGCCGUGGAUCUUGCGAAAGAGUCCGAUUAUUCCAUCAUAUUUGUGGGCAACGAUCCGUCAUGGGAGACCGAAGGCCAAGAUCAGGCAAGCUUCCAUCUUCCCAAAGAGGGCAGCCAAGACAAGCUAGUAGCUGCCGUUGCAGCAGUCUGUCCGCGAACUGUCGUCGUCAAUAGCACCGGUGUUGCCACGGCGCUCCCAUGGAUAAAUCAAGUUCAGGGCUUGAUCCAUACAUGGUUCCCUGGCCAAGAGGCAGGCAACUCAAUUGUUGAUGUGCUUACAGGUGCUCAGAAUCCUGAGGGACACUUGCCGUGCACAUUUCCAAAACGUCUUGAGGGUUGCCCCGCGUAUGGGAACUUCCCCGGUACUUAUAACUCCACCGAUGGAUUUCAAGUGAACUAUGAGGAAGGCGUGUUUGUUGGAUACCGACAUUUUGACCGGCUGUCUCCCGAAAAGGUCAAUUUUCCGUUUGGCUUUGGACUCUCAUAUACCAGCUUUGAGAUUAGCAAUCUAAACAUAGAAAAGCCUCUUGACAAUCUAUACACGCUAACAGCAAAGGUCACCAAUGUUGGCAAGGUCAAGGGGGGUAUCGCAGUCCAAGCUUAUGUUGGUCGCCAUGCACAGCUUCCAGAUGACUUGGUCAAGGUCCUUGUUGGCUUUAAGAAGGUCACACUUGACGCUGGUCAGUCCUCAGCGGUAGAAAUACCGAUAGCAACCAGAGACUUUGCCAUUUGGGAUGAGAAAUUACAAAAAUGGUUAGUGGAAUCUGGCGAUUAUGUUUUUAGUGUUGCGAAGUCUUGUAUGGACAUACUUGCAACCUCGACCAUAGCUGUUGAGCGUAGCAUUUAUGAACCAUAA